AUGUCAGCAAUGAACCAUUUGGUCAUCACAUUGUUCUUCUUGUUGAUAUCAAAUGCUUUUAUUCAUAGAUCAGUUUGUCAUGCUUCAUCAUCUUACUCUCAAGCCGAAAGCAGUUAUUUUGAUAGUCAUCUGCAUGUUCUUACCAGUGAACAACCACUCGCCAAAAUCGCCAUUCAGAAAACUGUUCUUGCUCUCCAUGAAUCUGCUUUCAUAAGUGCUAAACCUUCGGUUUUGGGAUUGAAGGGCAAGGACACUGAUUGGGUGAAUGUUACACUUGAGUACCCUGAGCCAUCUGUAGAAGAUUGGGUUGGAGUCUUUUCGCCAGCAAAGUUUAAUGAAUCAAAUUGUUACUCUGAAGCUGGUAAAUCACCUGAGGCUCCAUACAUAUGUACAGCGCCAAUUAAGUAUAUGUUUGCAAACCAUGCCACCGCCGAUUACGUCAAAACUGGAAAAGGUUCUCUGAGAUUCCAAUUAAUUAACCAGCGUGCAGAUUUCUCCUUUGCAUUAUUUACAGGCGGAUUGGCAAAUCCAAGGCUGGUGGCAGUUUCAGAUCCUAUAACAUUUAAAAACCCAAAAGCCCCUCUGUACCCGCGUCUUGCUCAUGGAAAGGCUUGGGAUGAGAUGACAGUAACCUGGACCAGUGGCUACAACAUUGAUGAAGCUACUCCACUUGUUGAGUGGGGAUGGAAGGGCCGUAGCAAGAAGCUUUCUCCUGCAGGAACAUUGACCUUCACACGUAGCAGCAUGUGUGGUCCACCUGCACGUACUGUUGGAUGGCGUGACCCUGGUUUUAUUCACACUAGUUUCUUGAAGGAAUUGUGGCCAAACAUGAUGUAUGAAUACAGAAUGGGGCAUCUAAUAGCCAAUGGGUCAACUGUUUGGAGUAAAAAGUAUUCAUUUAAAUCGUCUCCAUAUCCAGGACAAGACUCGUUGCAACGUGUUAUUAUAUUCGGAGACAUGGGGAAGGCAGAACGCGAUGGGUCAAAUGAGUAUGCCAAUUAUCAGCCAGGAUCGCUCAUUACUACAGACCAAUUAGUCAAAGACCUCGACAACUAUGAUAUAGUUUUCCAUAUAGGAGAUAUACCAUAUGCAAAUGGAUUUCUUUCACAAUGGGAUCAGUUCACGGCACAAGUCCAGCCCAUUUCGUCAACAAAGCCCUAUAUGAUUGCAAGUGGCAACCAUGAACGCGAUUAUCCCAAUUCUGGAUCGUUCUAUAACACUGCUGAUUCAGGUGGAGAGUGUGGAGUUCCUGCUGAGACCAUGUACUAUGUUCCUGCAGAUAACCGAGCUAAGUUCUGGUACGCAACAGAUUAUGGAAUGUUCCACUUUUGCAUAGCAGACUCAGAGCAUGACUGGAGGCAAGGUUCAGAGCAAUAUGAAUGGUUAGAGAAAUGUCUGGCAUCGGUCGACAGGCAAAAACAACCAUGGCUGAUCUUUGCUUCUCACCGUGUUCUUGGCUAUUCUUCUAACAAUUGGUUAGCCUAUGAGGGUGCCUUUGAAGAGCCCAUGGGUCGAGCAAACUUGCAGAAGCUAUGGCAGAAAUAUAAAGUGGACAUUGCAUUAUACGGGCAUGUCCAUAAUUAUGAAAGAACAUGCCCUGUAUAUCAGAACCAAUGUGUCAAGCCGGGAUUGUCACACUAUUCUGGUACAGUGAAUGGAACAAUUCACGUGGUAGUCGGAGGAGGAGGGAGCCAUUUGUCAGAUUUCACGACAAUUGCUACAGCUUGGAGUUUAUUUAAAGAUAAGGAUUGGGGAUUUGUCAAACUAACGGCGUUUAACCAUUCUUCACUUCUUCUCGAGUACAAGAAGAGUAGUGAUGGUCUAGUUUAUGAUAACUUCACAAUCUCAAGGGAUUAUAGAGAUGUCUUGGCAUGUGUACAUGAUGGUUGUGAAGCGACCACUUUGGCACUUUAGUAAGUUCAUUGUAAGUUAAGAACUUCAACAGCACUAUUAGGCCAGAGUCUUUUAGUUUAAAAGAAUAAAAGCUUGUUGU